GCUGUCAAAUUCCUUUCGAAAAUAGAAGUUUUUUUUGCGCCAAAAAGCCCAACAAACCCAAAAUAUUUCGAUUGUUUAUAAAUCGCCCGAAAUUUUUAAAAAUAAUAAAAGAUAUUUAUUUCUGUGGCCUUUAAACGUGAUUGUAUAAAAGUUACAGCAUGUCUGACGAAGAUAUUACAAUAAUGGAGGUGGAUGAAGCGGAGAUUAAACCGACAAAGCCCAAUAAACCUAGUACAACAAAAAGCACAGCUCAUUUGCCCUGGAUAGAGAAGUAUCGGCCUCAAGUGUUCACUGACAUUGUAGGCAACGAAGACACUGUAUCACGGCUGGCCGUAUUUGCACGCAGUGGAAAUGCUCCAAACAUCAUAAUAGCCGGUCCUCCCGGCGUUGGCAAAACUACUACUAUCUUGUGCUUAGCGCGCGCGCUGCUAGGGUCAGCGUUCAAAGACGCUGUGCUAGAACUGAAUGCAUCUAAUGACAGAGGCAUAGAUGUAGUUCGUAACAAAAUUAAGAUGUUUGCACAGCAAAAAGUGACCUUGCCGGCUGGUCGGCACAAGAUUGUGAUUUUGGAUGAAGCCGACAGCAUGACAGAGGGCGCUCAGCAAGCUUUGCGGCGCACUAUGGAGCUGUAUUCUAGCACAACAAGAUUUGCUCUGGCUGCCAACAACAGUGAAAAGAUUAUUGAACCAAUUCAAUCCCGUUGUGCAGUGCUGAGGUACGGCAAGCUCACUGACGCACAAAUACUGGCAAAGAUCCUAGAAGUGUGUAAAAAAGAGAACUUAUCCUACACAGAAGAGGGAGUGAGCGCAGUUGUAUUCACAGCUCAAGGCGACCUGCGCUCAGCUCUCAACAACUUACAGUCCACUGCUCAGGGCUUCGGUCACAUCAGCCCAGACAAUGUGUUCAAGGUGUGUGAUGAGCCACAUCCAAUGCUGGUAAAAAAUAUGCUGGAAUCGUGUCUAAAGCAGGAUAUACAUGCAGCUUAUAAGGUAAUCGCCAACCUGUGUAAAUUGGGCUACGCGGCAGAAGACAUAGUGAGCAACAUAUUCCGCGUGGUGAAGACCCUCGACGUGCCUGAAGAGAUCCGCCUCUCGUGGGUCCGAGAGCUAGGGCUGACGCACAUGCGAGUCGCAGACGGGCUCGGGGCGCCGCUUCAGCUGGCGGCUCUGCUCGCGAGGUUCUGUCGGGCCGCAGACCCCGCGACGAGUAAGGAUGACCCGACAUGGUGAUAUUGGACUUUAUUCUGUGAUGUGUCAUGUGAAGCGACAGUGAAAUCCAAGAUUUUUACUUUAUACAAUUUCUAUUCUAAAUGAGAGCAGGUGAUUCCCCUCGCCUGUUGAUUUAAAAGAAGAUACAAUGUAUAAUGCAACUGCCUAACUUGCUAUAUACAUAGACUAUAUACAGAUUGGUUCUUUUGAGUAGCCCAUGAGCCUUAAGUAUACACCCACUAGGUAUAGUCUUGAAGAUUAUCAAUGUUAGAAAUAUAAAUAAAACAUUAUGAAAUUUGUAUAAAA